AGCAGAGUUUGCCCUGGUUUGCAUUUGGAUGGGCACAGUCUGCUGUAAGAUGGAUGGGGCCAUAAGUGGGAAAGCCUCUGCUUUGGAUGCAGAUGGUCCCAGGUUUUGUUCUCCAGGGAGCACUGGAGAAAAUGCCUGUUGAGAACUACUGCCCCGUCAAUAUAAGACAAUAUUGGUGGGCCACAGAUCAGGAUGGUAUAAGGUCGAGAGCUGGAACAAACAUGACCAGAAGCUGUUUGAUGCAGUUGAGAAAGGGGAUGUUGGAAGAGUUUCUGUCCUUGCUUCGAGGAAGACAGCCAAACCCACCAAGCUCAAUGCUAUGGGGCAAUCCGCGUACAUUCCACCUAGCAGCAUCCAAAGGGCUCACCGAAUGCCUUACUAUCCUGCUGACCCACGGGGCAGAAGUUAACAAUAAAAAUGAUGAUGGAAGCACGGCUUUGCAUUUAGCGACCAUCGCCUGCCAGCCUCAGUGUGUCAAAGUCCUUCUACAGCAUGGCGCCAAUGAAGACUGUGUGGAUGGAGGGAACCGUACACCGCUGCAUUGGGCCGCCUUCUCUGGAUGUGCGUCAAGCGUGCUGCUCCUAUGCGAUCAAGAGGCCUUCUUGGAUGUCGUGGAUAAUAAUGGAAGGACACCUCUGAUGAUUGCCGCUCAGGGGAACCAGGUGGCCAUUUGCUCCCAGUUGCUCCAGAGAGAAGCUAAGGUUGACCUCAUCGACAAAGACGGAAAGACUGCCCUCAUUCUCGCUUGUGAAAGUGGAAGCACCGAGUCAGCCGAUCUGCUUCUACAGAACGGUGCCUGCGUGGCCCUGUUGGACGGGACGGGACGGGACUCUUUCUACUACGCCACACACAACGAGAACCGUCGGCUGAGGCGGCUGAUUCGGGGUGCCCUCAAGAAGUGGAGAAGAGAACAAGGCCACGAUCAGUCUUCAGAGGCCAGCUCACAGGUUCCAUCCGAGAGCGGGAAAGAGACCGACCGGAGUAGCCUGACCGUCCCGAGCGAGAGAGGAGAGCCGAGUGAUGAGGAGGAGGAGGAAGACCCUGAGCUGAAAGAGUGGAGGAGCAGGUACAGAGAAGAGAAGGCCAAGGUCAUCCAGCUGGAGCUGCAGCUAGCCCAGAAGGCGAAGGAGUGUGACGGCCUCUCCGAAGGAUGCAAGGUGAUGAAAGAGCGGGUGUGGGACCAAGUGCAGGAGAUCAACCAGCUCCUUCCAGAAGGAGAGGGCACGGACAAGGGCUGGGCAGAGCUGAGCCAGCGGUACAGCCGCGACGCUACCGAGGAAGACUAUUACCUCAACCUGUUGGCGGAGCAAGUCCAAGAGCUGAAGAGGAGGAGGACGCUGCAGGAGCAACGGGAGCAGGAGCAGGAGCCCCACGCUGAGGUUGUGACGGCCCAAGAGGUGCGGGAAGAAGAGGCCAAACUGGUGGCAGCCCCGGAAAAGGACAUGCAAUGGCCAGGGGAAGAGGAAGCCCAGGAAAAACAGGACCGGGAGAUGGAGCUGAAACGCCUCCGGGCGGAAGUGGCGGCGGCCCUUGAGGAGAAGGCGAGCGCCGCAAAGAGAGUGCAGGAAAUGGAAGGCCACAUGGAGAACAUGAGGGCUGUCAUUGGGGUCUACGAAUCCAAGAAGAAGUCCCAGAGCGGGCUGCUGAAGGAGCUCGAGACCCGCGUGGGAGAGCUCGAGGGCGAAAACCAGCAGCUGCGCAGCCUGUUGGCGAAGCAUCUGGAGGAAAGCGAGCAAACGGGGAAAGGCGGGAGUGUGUUGUACAAGGAGAAAGUGUCCCAAUUCCUCGCAGAGAUGGAGGAGGAGUACUCCAGAGUGGCAAAGGACAAUUCUUUGGUGAGGGCCGAGAACGAGGCCCUGAAGCAGGAGGCAGAGGAGGCAGUGAAGAGCAAACUCCAGUUCCAGGCAGUGCCCUCGGGAGCGGUCAAGAGGAUGGUGUCGGCCUGGAAGAAGGUGGCCACGGACCUGGAGUCUGCCCUGGCACGACUGGAGCAGCUCAACUACUACCUCCUGGAGAAAGCCAGGCCUCUACGGGACACCAUUUUGGCCUCUCAGCAAGGAGUCGUGGUCAACGGCGUGAGGCAGAGUGAAAAAGAGAACGGCGUCAUCAAGGAUGAAGCAAAGCUGCCCGUGGGCGCAUCUAAGUGUCUCGAGUGGUUGGAAAAGUCUGAGCCAGGGAAACAGCCGCUGCCCGAUGCCGUUGCCGGACAGGUCAAACUUAGGCCGAAGCCUGAGAUGGCCGAAAACAGGGCCCGUCCAUGUCGUAAGAGCUCCGACCUGGAGAAGGAGGUGUGGGACCUCAAACAGAGCAAUGGCAGCCUUGUGCAAGAGCUGGCCCAGCUGAGCAGGGAGAGGGAGAAGCUUCAGCAGGAGCUAAGGGGUUUGUGCCUUCCAAAAGAAGGGUCUCCUCAGGCGGAGGCGAGCAGAAGCUUGGUGGAGGAGCUGAAGCAGACGGUGACCUCCGUGUCCCAACAGCUGGCGGCCGAGAAAGAGGAAUCAAAGAAGCUGCAUCUGAGGCUGGAGGCCCAGAAGAAGGAGAUGGUGGCGGUGAGGGACAGUUUUCUGAAGCAGAUGGCGAAGGACCCAGCCAGCUUGGCCAACGAAAACCUUGACAGCUGCAUCUUGAGGGAGCUCCACUGGAAGCUGGACAACGUGGUGAAAAAGCAGAACCAGGCCUUACAGCUGGUGUCUGAGAUGGAAGAGGAGAACCACGCCAUGGAGGCCGACCGGACACACAGUGGCGACCACAAUGGCCUUGAUCUCCUCACGGCGGAUGAAAAGGCCCGUCAAGAGGUUCCUUUCAUGGCCUCGGAUGUGGUGGGGGUCCACUGGAAAGUCCGGCAGAGGAUGGACGAGCUCGAAAAAGGCCUGCGGGAGCUGAAGGAGACCUUAGAAGGGGCUCUGGGCGGAAGAGGAGGAGAAGCGGCCAAGGUGACGGAGCUACUUAACCGACUGGCUUCCAAGAUGGCCGAGCUGCGUCACGAGGAGGAGGAAGCCCUCCGGAAGCACGAGAAGGUCCGUGGCAUGCUCUCGGCCCGGGCCCAAGCCCUCGGGGAAGAGCUGGCCAGCCUUCAGGAGAAAUACACCCAGGCGAGCGGGGAGUCCGCCCGCCACAAAGAAGCCCUUGCCUUGGAGAGGCAGAAGAAUGGGAGCCUGCUUGCCGAGGCCGCUGAGCACGAGGAGGAGGCUGAAGAGCUGAGAGGGAAGUCGCAGAGCUUGGCGAACACUGUGGAGAAGCUGAAUAAGAAGGUGGAGGAGCUGGGCAAGGCCUGCCAGGACAAGGAAGGGAAGAUCAAGAAGCUGCUGAAGGAAACUGAGAAGCUUUCGAGCGAAGUCCUCAACCUGCGCAGUGAACGGGCCCGCCUCCAGCUCCAAAAUGAAGUCGUCCAGAAGAACCAUCAAGACAUUGUGGCCAUCUACAGAACCCACCUGCUCAAUGCUGCCCAGGGUUUCAUGGAUGAGGAAGUCCAUGCCAUGCUGCUGAGGAUCUUGAAGACUGAUGAUGGAUGACCGGCAACCUUCCAAGGCCCUUUCCCUCCUUUCCACGAUUCUAUUCCACGGCAGACGUCAAUACAAGAGGAAUGCCGUCCAUUUCUUCCCACACCUUUUCUAACAUCAAGAAAUCCGUUCGCUAGAUCACAUCCGAUCGCUAGAAACCAGCUCGGGUUGGAGAUGCAGCUCCUGACGGUAUCGACUCUUAGCACCCAAACCCAAAUGACCACUAGGGGUAAAGAUAGCGAAUAUGGAGAUUCCCUCUCUGACCAGGCUUGCUUUCUCCACUCUGAUUCCCCUUUCUUAGAGUGAUACUCUCAGGUUUCAUUCUCUCAGAGAGACGCACAUCUGUACGUUUGAUGUAUUUCCAAAAUAAACUCCUUUAUUUAGAACUUUAA